UUAAUACUUUAUGAAGCUAUUAAAAGAAACUAAUUGUAGUUAAUGUAAACGUGGUGCCAAAAGUGAUUUAGUCAAUCAAAAAAACCAUGUGAAGUGUUUGCAAUAUCUAAACCUAUGGGAUAAACAAAAAAACAACUAUUACUCCAAUUUAUUACCAUGUGGAAUGCACUUGGUGGCGCAACUGCCGCCGUUUUGCCAACUACGGCAUCGACAGCCUAUCAUGAGAAAUGGACGCCCCAACCCCAACAGAGUUCUCCCCAGCAAAAAAUAUUGCAUCAGCAUCAAAAUCACAGGCAACCCCAACAAAGGACACCUUCCAUGUCCAUGCCUCACCAUCAAAAUGGAUCGACUGGAAAUAAUGGGUCGGCCAACCUUAGAUGGCAAAAGUCAGACGCAGGCGCAUCUGCAGGAGUGGCCAGUAAAUUGAGAAAUAGGGAAUCGAAAGUCGAUCCAGAGAAAAUUUUCACGAAGCAGGAACGAAUCGGUAAAGGAUCAUUCGGCGAAGUCUUCAAAGGAAUAGAUAAUCGAACUCAGCAAGUGGUAGCUAUCAAAAUAAUUGAUCUCGAAGAAGCCGAAGAUGAAAUCGAGGAUAUUCAGCAAGAAAUUAUGGUCCUGUCACAAUGCGACAGUCCUUUCGUCACCAAGUACUACGGGUCAUACCUUAAGGGCACGAAGUUAUGGAUAAUAAUGGAAUAUCUUGGAGGCGGAUCGGCAUUAGACCUGAUGAAGGCGGGAAUCUUCGAAGAAAUGCACAUAGCAGUUAUUUUAAGAGAAGUUUUGAAAGGACUAGAUUAUUUACAUAGUGAAAGGAAACUUCAUAGGGAUAUUAAAGCUGCCAAUGUUUUAUUAAGUGAAAUGGGAGAUGUCAAAUUAGCGGAUUUCGGUGUCGCCGGCCAAUUAACAAAUACGACAAGUAAACGUAAUACAUUCGUUGGAACGCCGUUCUGGAUGGCCCCAGAAGUUAUCAAGCAAUCCGCCUACGAUUCAAAAGCCGACAUUUGGUCUUUAGGAAUCACGGCCAUCGAAUUGGCCAAAGGAGAACCUCCAAAUUCAGAACUGCAUCCUAUGCGAGUUUUAUUCCUGAUACCCAAAAAUAAUCCACCACAACUGACAGGAAACUACACGAAACAGUUCAAAGAAUUUGUCGAGGCUUGUCUGAAUAAAGAUCCGGAAAAUAGGCCUACAGCAAAGGAGCUUUUAAAAUUCCAUUUUAUAAAGAAAGCGAAGAAGAAUUCGUAUUUAAGUGACUUGAUAGACCGGUAUAAAAAAUGGAAAUCUCAGAGGAGCGAAGAAAGCGAGACGGAAUCGGAAAAUUCUGAUUCAGAGGAAUCGAAACAAGACAUCGAUUUAGACGAGCCUUGGAUUAUGACAGUUAAAGGUAAACAUAACAUGAAACCUUUGAUGAACAACAGUUCGAGUAAUUCUUCCAGUGGCAAUAAUGUCGAUAUGCAAAACAUUCCGUCCCUUAUUGUAAAUAAUCGAGAGCACCUGACACAGCAGCCAGAUAAUUUGGCCAGCAGCAAACAUAAUGGUAGUCAAAGCGCCCAAGCGAAGUCACCGCCUAAGGACAAUAAUUUAAAUCACUACAAGCCUGCCCAGCAAAUUAGUUCUUCAGACAAUCGAAAAGAAAGAGAUCGAGAUCGCGAACGAGAGAAGGCUAACAAGAGAGAUCGUGAAGCCAGAGAAUUACAAGAAAGGGAAAGGGAUAGAUUAAAUGAGCGGGAAAGAGAACUUGAUAGAGAGAAUUUGAAAGAAAUGUUGACCAGGGAGAAGAGAUCUUCCAAGGAUAUAAGUCCUCUGGACCACAGAGGAGGCGACAUGAACCACCACACGAUGGAUCAACACCAGCAACAGCAGAACGUCAUGAUUCAACCGCCAAAAUCUCCUUCUUCCCCGGACAAGAAGUCUGGUGCCGCUUAUUCCUUCUCUUCUGGUCACCGGAAUAGCACGACGGUCGGCGGCAAUGCUACCACGGUGAUAAACUCUUCGGCGAUUCAACCGCCGGCGGACCAUGGACCGGUCAGCGUCAAUUCGCCGGUCAACACGAACGGCAACCAUCAACAUUACGCCACGUGGGAUAAAAGAUCAUCUAUUCAUAAUAGCACAGGACCAAAAGAUCGCACGUGUCUUUCGACUGUCAUUUAUCCACUUAUUGCUGAGUUACAAUCGAAACGUAGCGCCUUGUCAAAUCACAGCAAUGGUUCCGGGAACGUAAGUUCGAAUUAUUUAGACGAAUUACGCGCGGCAUUUGAUAUUGCCGAACGUGCCUCACCAGGAAUUAGUGAAUUAUUUGUUAAAGAAGUCCUGACGCGCCUGAUGCCGGGAGAAACUGCACCUAGGAUCAAUGGCCUAAUGGAGAGGGUUGUCAGAGAAUCGUAAAUCCAUCACUUCCUAAUUAUGGACUUUGGAUGCUGCGUGCAUGUAUGCCUAUACAUUUGUGUUUUUAAAAUAGCCAUAUGAUAGUUGAUUAAUCAUAAUAUAUUAACAAAACUAUUAUGUUUACUUUUUACAAAAAUAUAAUUUAUUACGUUGUCAAAUUAGUAAGAAUAAAAAUGCAUCAAUAAUUACACUGCUGAAUGUAUAUGUUCUAAGACGAUGCUUAUAUUUCUUAAUAUAUUUUAUUAAUUACAACCCA